CACAAUGGGGAGAUUUCCCCGCAGUAGUUUGUGUCUCUGCCCCUCCCACAAUGGGGAGAUUUCCCCCCCAGUAGUUUGUGUCUCUGCCCCUCCCACAAUGGGGAGAUUUCCCUGCAGUAGUUUGUGUCUCUGCCCCUCCCACAAUGGGGAGAUUUCCCACAGUAGUUUGUCUCUGCCCCUCCCACAAUGGGGAGAUUUCCCUGCAGUAGUUUGUGUCUCUGCCCCCCACAAUGGGGAGAUUUCCCACAGUAGUUUGUGUCUCUGCCCCUCCCACAAUGGGGAGAUUUCCCACAGUAGUUUGUGUCUCUGCCCCUGCCACAAUGGGGAGAUUUCCCCGCAGUAGUUUGUGUCUCUGCCCCUCCCACAAUGGGGAGAUUUCCCCCCCAGUAGUUUGUGUCUUGCCCCUCCCACAAUGGGGAGAUUUCCCACAGUAGUUUGUGUCUUGCCCCUCCCACAAUGGGGAGAUUUCCCACAGUAGUUUGUGUCUUGCCCCUCCCACAAUGGGGAGAUUUCCCCGCAGUAGUUUGUGUCUCUGCCCCUCCCACAAUGGGGAGAUUUCCCCGCAGUAGUUGGUUUUGUGUCUGCCCCUCCCACAAUGGGGAGAUUUCCACAGUAU